ACAGUGGGCAUAAAACACUGAUCGUCUAAAGCAGCCACAGGUGAAAUGGUUGUCCUGGUCAAACCGAGUCCUCAGCUGAGCAGUAAAGCCAUGGAUGGAAACCAGAACAAAGUGGAAGCGAAGGUUCUGCUACUGGGAGCAGAAAAUGUUGGAAAGUCAGCCCUCACCGUGCGUUUUAUCACGAAAAGAUUCAUCGGGGAAUAUGGAGAUAUUGAAUCCAUAUACAGUCAUAUCGAUAAAGUUGAAGGUCGUGAGAUAUCCCUGCGUAUUUGGGACUCGCUGUAUCCACAGAGCUGCGAAACCACUGAAUCCAUCAGUGACAAACAGCUUCAAUGGGCAGACGGUGUGAUCCUCGUCUACAGCAUCUGCGAUCGCUCGAGUUUCGAAGUGGUACAGCAACAGGUCCAGCUCAUCCGCCAGGCCCGAAAGCUCUCAGCGUCCGCUCCGAUCAUCAUCGUGGGCAAUAAGCAGGACCUGCAGCAUCAGAGAGCCGUGUCGAGCGAAGAGGGUCGACUUUUUGCCCUGUCCUCAGACUGCGGCUUCUUCGAGAUCUCGGCUGCUGAGACCUACCACGGCGUCCUGCUGGUCUUUCAUGAAAUACUGGACUUGAUCAAGGAGUCCAGAGCACUGAAGAGAGGGAUGGCCGGAAUUAAGGGCAUUGUCAAAAGUGUGUCCGCGGUUUUUGGAAAGAAACGGGAGAACUGAGUGUGGGACGAUGGUGAUGUUGAUGAUGAUAGCCAGUUAGGCGGAUCCAGUUGACAGUUAAAAGAGGUGAAACCAGUUAAACCAGCUAAAGAGGUGAAGAGGACUCGGUCCGACGGGUUUUAGGACCAUAUAGAGUUAAUUUCGCCCAGUUUAUCUGCAGGGACGGUGAAAGGAAAAGAAUAGCGGUGAUAGUUAAGUGAUGUUAAAAGGACCCAGCUUUACGGUGACGAAAAGUCGUGUAUAGGUCUGUUACAGCAAGGCAAUAAAGGAACUACUGAUGUGACGCUGAGCCUUUGAGUUGGUCAUAGGGUAUGUGUAUUGAGAAGAGAAGCCCAUUCUUGCCGUUUUAAAGAUUGAUCCUUUUGCACUGCAAUGAUGCUAAGCUGAAUUCAAAAGAGAUUCCGCUCCAGAAUAAAUACCUGAAGUACAGGGGUGGACGACUGUAUAUCAUCACUGUAUUAUUUUCCAUUCAAGAGUCAAAACAAUGUGUAGAUUAAUCUUUAAUGUAUAUAUUGUAUAUUUCCAGAAUAUGUUCCUUAGUUUCUUUGAGGAUCUUUGAGUAAAUGUAACUUGAGUGGGAGUAAUACAAUAUAGAUCCUAUGAAAAAUAAGUGUUGAAUGAGAAGAGACUCGUGUAUACAGAUCUUUCUCUUGUACAAAAACAAACUGUUCUUUAAUGUUUUGAUGAGACAUUGUUUAUUUUGUAUACUUUAAUGAUUUAUGAUUUCAAUAAAGAAAACCAUAUUUGCACA